GGCAGAACCGUCAAUCGUUGCGGAACAAGUGGAUUUAAUAUAUCAAAGUUAUGCAUUCUGUCCGUUAUGAACCGUACUGUAUGCCUCAUCGUAUGCCAGCAAUGUUUCGCGAUUAUCAAUAUAGUCAACAACAGAUGAACGCCGUAGUUCAGGUGGAAGAUCUGCCACCGUAUGGGUCUUUGGAAGAGUUGUUGCAGUCAGACUGCACCCCGCAAUUUCCGCCCGCCAACCUCGACAUUCCUGAUAUUAUGACGGACAAUUCGACUGUGGAUUGUCAACAUACCCAUAUACAAGUUCCGCUGAACUCUGGUUACUGUACUGAUCAAGUAGCUACAGGACCUAACGUCGGCGUAUCCCCAGCAACUGGCUCAAUAAAUGAACACAACGACGGAAUUCAUCCACAAAUGUCGCAAAUGCAACAGGGUGUUGCCGCGGUGCACAGACGUGGAACAACGACUAGUAUUGUGGUAAAGAAUAAAGUGAAAACGGCGAGUAAGAAGAGGAAGAAACGAGAUCCAAACGAACCGCAAAAACCCGUUUCGGCUUACGCGCUUUUCUUCAGAGAUUCUCAAGCGUCUAUUAAAACUCGAAAUCCUAACAUGUCAUUCGGCGAAGUUUCAAAACUAGUCGCUCAUAUGUGGGAGGAUUUGGAUGCCGAUAGCAAAGCGAUGUACAGAAAAAGAACGGAAACUGCCAAGAAAGAAUACCUGAAACAAUUAGCUGCGUACAGAGCCAGCUUAGUAUCGAAGGGUCCUUUGGAAGGAGAGUCAUGGUCGGGAGUAAGUAGUGGGAGCAGCGCCGACGGCAGUCCACCGCCAGUUUCCACAACUUAUCUAUCAACGCCGUCGAUCGCCAGCCCUUUACCGAGUCCUCAGGCCUAUGGGGAACAAACAGUUAUGCCAUCUGGCGAACUAAUGUGUGUCCGACAAGGAUGUAAAAAUGGAGCUAUACAUGAUCCUGCUUGGGACAGAGACUAUUGUAGCAACGAAUGCGUCGCAACGCAUUGCCGCGAUGUUUUUACGCAGUGGGUGGCUCGUCAAAAUCAAACUUCUGUCAAAUAG